AUUUUUUCGUGUCCGCCAUACCAUAGGCCCAAAAUCACAGCUCUGAAACCCCAAUAGUGAUAGCGCAGAGACAGACUCAACAAACAAAACUCCAGCAUCAUCCGGUCAAAACCAAGGCACCUGUCCGUGCAACCUAGGGUUUGAUAGACGAACAAUUGAUCGAUCGAUCACCAUGUACAGAACUGCAGCUUCACGCCUUAGGGCUCUCAAGGAUCGUACAGUCUGUAGGUUGCCUGCCAGAUUUGCAAGUUCUAGUGCUGCUGCUGUACAAUCAUCCCCCUCUGUUGGUAUCUUUAGCUGGCUGUUUGGUGAUAAGUCCAAGUCUUUGCCUCUAGAAUUUCCACUUCCAGGAGUUGAACUCCCUCCAUCAUUGCCUGAUUAUGUUGCACCUGGGGAAACCAAGAUUACAACUCUCUCAAACGGCAUGAAAAUUGCCUCUCAAACAUCACCGAAUCCUGCUGCAUCAAUAGGGUUAUAUGUUAACUGUGGUUCAAUCUAUGAGUCUCCAGCCACAUUUGGCACCACACAUUUAUUGGAGCAAAUGGCAUUCAAAAGCACAAGAAAUCGUAGCCACUUGCGUGUUGUGCGGGAAGUUGAGGCAAUCGGGGGUGUUGUGCAAGCCUCGGCAUCUCGAGAGCAGAUGGGGUACACCUUUGAUGCUCUGAGGACUUAUGUUCCUGAGAUGGUGGAGUUACUUAUUGAUUGCGUGAGGAAUCCUGUCUUUCUUGAUUGGGAGGUUAAAGAACAACUGCAAAAGGUCAAAGCAGAGAUUAGUGAAGCUUCCAAAAACCCUCAAGGCUUGCUUUUGGAAGCAAUUCAUUCUGCUGGUUUUUCUGGUCCAUUGGCAAACCCUCUUUUGGCACCUGAAUCUGCAAUAAAUAGUUUGAAUAGUACAAUCUUGGAGGAUUUUGUAGCUGAAAAUUAUACUGCUCCACGAAUGGUGCUCGCGGCUUCUGGUGUUGAACACGAGGAACUGGUAUCAAUUGCAGAGCCCCUUUUGUCCGACCUACCUAAAGUUAGCGGAACCCCAGUGCCACAGUCCAUUUACACAGGAGGUGAUUUUCGUUGUCAAGCAGAUUCAGGGGACCAGAGAACCCAUUUUGCUCUUGCAUUUGAGUCUCCAAAGGGCUGGUCUGAUGAUAAGGGUGCCAUGACACUGACUGUUCUUCAGAUGCUAAUGGGUGGAGGUGGCGCAUUCUCAGCUGGUGGCCCUGGAAAAGGAAUGUACUCAAGGCUAUAUCUACGGGUCUUGCAUGACUAUCCACAAAUUGAAUCUUUCACAGCAUUCAGCAACAUUUACCAUCAUUCUGGCAUAUUUGGUAUCCAAGCUACGACUGGUUCUAAUUUUGCAUCAAAAGCCAUAGAUUUAGCAGUUAAUGAGCUUAUUUCAGUUGCUUCACCAGGUGCAGUUGAUCAGGUGCAGCUAGAUCGUGCAAAACAGUCAACAAAGUCUGCUAUUUUAAUGAAUUUAGAAUCCAGAAUAAUUGUUUCAGAAGAUAUAGGUCGACAAAUUUUGACAUAUGGUAAAAGAAAACCUUUGGAGGAUUUCUUGAAGAUUGUAGAUUCAGUUACUUUGCAAGAUAUCACUCAAACUGCGCAGAAACUUAUUUCUUCUCCUCUUACAAUGGCAUCGCACGGAGAUGUUGUCAACGUCCCAACCUAUGAUUCAAUUAGCAGGAAGUUCAAGUCGAAAUGAAGUAGUUUUUAAUUCAUUUUUGGAACCAAACUGGGAGGAAACUUUGACCAGUUGUCUAUAUUGAUGUGGAUCAGAAAAACUUCAAGCUUUUUACAGCCAAUUUCAGUUGAAAUAAGGAAAUCUUAGACAUCCCCAUUUUAUCAAUAAAUUGGCAUUCCUGGCAGCAGCAUUAUAAUAUGCCUGUAUAUGUUGGUGGCAUUUUUUUUUUUUCUUUUUUUGCUGUCACCGAAAAAGAUGACUAUUUUUUGUAGUUUACAAACUGGCUUAAACAAAAUGAAACCAUGAAUUGGUUUCUCUGCCCAAAAGUGUUUUCUUGAGAAAAAUCAUUCAGUGGCUAUCAGCUCUUUGAUGUCA